AUGAGCAACAAACUCGCGCCACUCAUCCCCCUGGCCGUCAAGGUUGCGGAAAGCAUCGCCGCCGAGAUGGUCAAGGACGGCGACAAAGCUGCACGAACCGGCGGCAGCAGCAGAGUCGGCCGCGUGCUGCUCGAAGCCGGACGCAGCUACGCCGAAUCCAAGACCAAGACCGAGACCGAGACGGGCAGAAAAGCUCCAAGCCAAACGCGCAAAGGCGCCCCUCCCAGCUCUGGCAAGGGCGGUGCUGCCGGGACGCGAGCUCGCACCGGAGCGAAGGAGGCCAACAGCGCUCCGCAGCAGCGGGCAUCAACGUCGGAGGAGAAAGCAUGGCAAAGCCUCGGGCUGGUGCUCGAAGCAGGAGUGACGGUCUUGACGGCCCUGGAAGCCAAGCAGGAGGGGGCGCAGGGGGCGCCAUCCAGGCGAGCCAAGUAA